AUGCCGGUGAUCUAUUUGGAAGCCAGUCGGGACCUUUGCGAUACGGACUCAAUUCUUUUUGGCGCCGCGCUGGCAGUCUGCCGUAUCAUAGGCGCCAAGGUUUCGACGGCUGGACGCGCUACUGGCCAAAGUAGCGUUAUCCCAGCAUGGAGAAAAAUUAUUGAUGAGCGUAUAGCAAAGGCUAGAGAUCUCAUCGGCAGACUGAUAUGCUUCAGAUCAGGCAAUAACAGGCCAAGAAUUGUGCGCACCGUCAGGAUGGCAUUUGCUGGGACAAAUGUCAGUUUUUCCCAGCCGGAUAUAAUGCAAAAACUGACGGAGCGCAUAGAUGAUCUGAAGCAGAGAAUCGCUGCUUGGGGAAAGUGGAUUCGGCGAUAUACCGAGAGGUUGACUCGGUUCAACUAG